AUGGCUCUGCACAGAAAUGGAGAUCCUCGCGAUGCAGUGAUUAAUAUAGGGAAGCCCAUGAACUUAACCGGUGGGCUUGAGUUUUUAAACCUCACAUACACUGUGAUAAAGAAGAAGAAACUUGAAGGGAAGUGGUUGAGUCAAGAAGUGGACUUAUUGCACAAAAUUACAGGCUAUGCUCCAAAAGGGUGCAUCACUGCUGUGAUGGGGCCUAGUGGUGCUGGAAAAUCUACGUUUUUGGAUGCUGUCGCCGGGCGUAUCGCAAGCGGGUGUCUCAAGGGUCGAGUGUCUUUGGAUGGGAUGGAAGUUAGCCCCAGCUUGAUAAAGAGAACUUCGGCGUACAUAAUGCAAGAAGACAGACUCUUCCCGAUGCUCACUGUUUAUGAGACCUUGAUGUUUGCCGCCGAUUUUCGCUUGGGCUCUAUUUCUUGGUCUGAUAAGCAGCAGCGAGUAGAGAAGCUCAUCGAUCAGCUUGGUUUAACAUCAGCGAGGAACACCUACAUUGGAGAUGAAGGAACAAGAGGAGUGUCAGGUGGUGAGCGGCGCAGAGUUUCAAUUGGCGUGGACAUAAUUCACGGACCAUUCUUACUCUUCCUGGACGAGCCAACUUCAGGCCUAGACUCCACCAGUGCUCACAGUGUAAUUGAAAAGGUGCACAACAUUGCUCGCUCUGGUAGCACUGUGAUUCUCACAAUCCACCAACCUUCAUCAAGAAUUCAAUUGCUCCUUGACCAUCUCAUUAUUCUAGCUCGCGGGCAACUCAUGUAUCAAGGAUCUCCGAAGGAUGUCACUCUCCAUCUUAAUCGAAUGGGAAGAAAAGUUCCCAAAGGAGAGAACUCAAUAGAGUACUUAAUUGAUGUGAUACAAGAAUAUGAUCAAUCUGAGCUAGGUGUGGAGGUGCUGACUGAAUUCGCACGAACGGGUUUGAAACCACCACCAUUGUCUGAUGAGGAAGUUUCUGUUUCAACAAUUCCACCAUCUCCAAUCCCAAACCGUCGUUCUCGCCUUGGCAUGGAAAGACCUGAAAAUCAAGGAAAUAAUAAUAUAAGGCGUCUCCCCUUGCAAACAAAUACUCAUAGUCCAGCUGAUCAUGAUUUUGAUCAUAGUGUUAGAAGCCCUUAUAAUAAUAGCUCAUCAAGGUCACCUUGGAGUGCAAGCCAGAGUGGAAUUGUUCAAACAAUGAGGUUCACACCUUCUAGCCAACGAAAUGAUCGGAAAAUGCAGAAUCCCAUGAGUUCAUCUCCAGGCUACUACACAUACUCAAGUGAAAUGCUAGCAGGAACUCCAACGCCUCACAGCAGCGACUACACCGUGAAUGAAAACGAUUACUUGACUCCCGACAUCGCACCAAAGAAUGCAACUCAACAUUUCAGACCGAAAUUUGCAAAUUCUUUCUUAUCAGAGACUUGGAUUCUCAUGCGCCGCAACUUCAAGAACAUCGGGCGCACCCCUGAGCUUUUCCUCUCAAGACUCAUGGUACUCACAGUCAUGGGCUUUAUGAUGGCCACCAUGUUCAUGAACCCCAAAGUUAAUAUGCAAGGGAUCACAAAUCGUCUCAGCUUCUUCAUCUUCACUGUCUGUCUAUUCUUCUUCUCAUCCAAUGACGCAGUCCCGGCUUUCAUCCAAGAACGCUUCAUUUUCAUUCGCGAAGCCUCCCACAAUGCCUAUAGAGCCUCAUCUUACACCAUUGCUGGCCUCAUCACCUAUCUUCCUUUUCUCUUGUUGCAAUCCGCCGUCUAUGCGGGUAUUGUUUGGAAAGCUCUGAAUCUUCGAGGGUCGUUCCCAUAUUUCUUGCUGGUACUCUACGUGUCCCUUCUUUCAACCAACUCUUUCGUGGUGUUCGUGAGCUCAGUGGUGCCGAACUACAUUCUCGGUUAUGCAGCGGUGAUUGCUUUCACCGCUUUGUUUUUCUUGUUCUGCGGAUACUUCUUGAAUAGCGAUGCCAUUCCGGGAUACUGGAUCUGGAUGAACAAGAUUUCAACAAUGACAUAUCCAUAUGAAGGGUUGCUGAUGAACCAGUAUCAGACUGAUGACACUUUCAGCCGAGACGGUGGACAAAUUAUAAGAGGGUUCGACAUCUUGGAUUCUCUCCAUAUUAAAAAGGAAGAACGGGAUAUGUGGCAGAAGGUUUUCGUAAUGUUGGGUUGGGCAGUUUUCUACAGGAUUUUGUUUUAUAUAAUCCUUCGUUUCUUCUCAAAGAACCAGAGAACAUAAAAGAGGGGACCUUGGAUUAAUUUGCUUAAAAUUUGUACUCUUUUGCUUAUAUUGUCCAGAUUAAAGUUUAAUUUAUAGUGUUACUAAA